AUGCAUCCGACUUUGGUAUUCUUCCUUUCGCUUGUCGCUGCCACUGCUGCAGCGCCUGCUGAAAAUGUGCUUCGACGUGCGAGUUUUGACCGCACGUCAGCCCCUGCCGGUUGUCUGACCGUAGGUGGAAGCGGCAAAUACAAAACUGUACAGUCUGCAGUCAACGCCCUCGACAAGUCCACCUCGAAGGCUCAGUGCAUAUUCAUCGCCAAAGGCACCUACACAGAACAGGUCUACAUCCAGCAACUCAAUUCGCCUUUGACAAUCUAUGGCGAGACCAAAGAUACUAGAUCUUACAGCGGAAAUACUGUAACCAUCACCCAGCGCAAGAGCCAAAACGAUACUCCUUCCAACGACGAGACUGCCACACUUCGUGCGCACACUCCCAAUCUAAAAGUCUACAAUGUCAAUCUCGUCAACACCCGUGGCCAGGGAUCCCAAGCGCUUGCUGUGAGCGCAUGGGCUGACAAGCAAGGCUACUACGGGUGCAGUUUCAAAGGCUACCAAGACACCGUGUUGGCCCAGCUCGGCAAUCAAGUUUAUGCGAAAUCCUACAUUGAAGGUGCCACCGACUUCAUCUUUGGCCAACAAGCUAGGGCAUGGUUUGAUGGCUGUGAUAUCGGUGUUCUCGGCGCUCAAGUCGGCUGGAUUACUGCCAGCGGUCGCGCAGCCGACUCGAACCCGUCGUACUAUGUCUUCAACAAGUCCAAGGUAUCUCCCGCUGUUGGAGCUACCGUCUCAUCCGGCGUCUACUACCUUGGUCGUCCAUGGGGAAACUACGCUCGUGUUGUGUUCCAGCACACCGACCUCAGCAACGUCAUCAAUCCCCAGGGCUGGGCUGCCUGGAACACCGGCGACGCGAGAACUGAUCAUGUUCUUUUUGGCGAAUACCAAAACACCGGCGCAGGUGCCUCGGGUAAAAGAUCAUUCGGGCAGACUCUCAAAGCUGCUCUCAGCAUUACCGAUAUAUUGGGAAGCAACUAUAAGGACUGGGUUGAUGUGUCGUACCUGUCUUAG